AUUAAAGGCCACAGAAAACCGUUUAGUUUUGUUACACAAGAUCUCGUUCGAUUUUGUAAACAUACUAUUCGUUCGUUUACUGUUGAUACUUUGUGCAAGAAUUUCGCGAUUAUCUUCGUUUUGCUGUUCUAGAAGUGUUAUACAACAAACGGGGAUAACAAGAGGCUUGUGUCAGUCUUACAAGAGGAAGAAAUGUCAUCAUUUCAUUAUGAUUUCAUCCUGUCCAAAAGAAGCUCCCUGGCAAAAGUAUGGCUUGCUGCACAUUGGGAAAAGAAGCUCAGCAAAGUCCAAAUAUUCGAGACAAAUUUGCAAUCAAUAGUUCAAGAUAUUCUCCACCCAAAAAUGCCAAUUGCCCUGCGUACCUCGAGCCAUCUUCUUGUCGGACUUGUGCGGAUAUACUCACGAAAAGCCAAGUACUUGCUAAAAGAUUGUUCUGACACCCUGGUGAACAUUAAGGUGACAUUCAGACCAGGUGCUUCAAGCUUAGACAAGGCAGUUAAGCAACGAAAGUCUGUAAGUGAUAUCAUGGAUUGCCCCUUGUUUAUCACAGAGAAAGUUGAUUUACUUGAUCAAUGGAUUCCAGAAGUUAGCAAUGUUGAACUUGACUGCACAUUGAAUCAGAGUAAAGUUGAAGAAAUAACUCUUCAGGAGGAACCAAUGAAAGUGAGUUCACUCGAAGAUUAUUUUGAUGAUGAAGGCUUUGGAGAUAUGGAUGCCGAUGGUACAGAUCUAACCGAUAGAACUUUGACCAGUUGCUCUUCAGUCAUGGAACGUGUUUCAAGCCUUGCGGAUUCAGCGUAUGGCACAGAAGACACACUACUAGGAGAGACGACCUCACAGGCAGAUUUUUACAGCGAUCCUUUCUCUUCAACACUCACACCAGUGAAGGAUGUUUCUAGUAGCCCAAGCAAGGAAACAACGGGUCCAAUGCCAAAACUGUUGUUGGAUAUAGACGACGAAUUUCACACGGGACAGAAUUCGGAGGAUAUCCAUGUCCUGCAAUUAGAUCUUGUCUCCCACGAUGGUGAGAAAGAAAAUAACCACAGGCCAUCAUUUUCGGAAGAAGGUGAAAGCCAGGGGGAAAGAGAUGAAGUCUUUCUUAGCCCUACUUCCAAUUUUAGCGAUGGAAACAUCCUUAAACGAUCAUUUGAAGGGAACACAGGCUUAGACGAACAUCUUAUUCUCGACCCUAUUGAAAACACACAAAAGGUCCCAUCGUCGCGAAAAAGACACAAACGGAAGCUUGUGAUUGACGAAGUUAUCUCGAUUGAACGAGAAGUUAUAUUUAAUAACAUAAACAACCCAUCUCAACUCGUUACAUCUCCAGUUUUCGGCCCUAAGACAAAACGUCGAUUGAAAGAACUUGACCGCAGUCAUUCACUUCAGGCGAAUGGGUCAGUUCUCGAAUUAUCACCUGCUUUGGAUAAGCUGUUUGUGAUGAACUCAAGUUGUCGAAAAUUUUCAACUUCGAAUGUCGGUACCGACGGAACGGAUUGUUCAAAACCAGCAAGCGAACCUUGUGAGAGUUUGAAUGAAAAUGAUAUCAAGCAGAAGAAAGAUUUGCUUGGGGAAACAUCGAACCAUGAUGAUGAAGACGCUGUAAAAUCGGACGAACAUGAUAUUUUCUCUCAGUUUAUUCCACUACAAGACGUUGACUAUUCGUCCGACGAAGAUAGCCCGAGGCCAGGUGAUGAUAAUUUUCAGUGUGGGUUAGUUUUCGACCAAAUUGCGGAAGAAAAUACGGUAGAAAAUAUGGACCAGGCAUUGGAGGACGAGAAUAUCUCCGAAGACAAAUUUUGUUCGCACGUCGAAGCUACGGUUUUGGAGUCCCAACCUGAGCCAGUGGAGUUACGGCAUGCUGUUGGAAGUGAUGGUAAAAAGUUGACGCGAAAAACCGUCGCGAGAAGGUUUCUGAAGUGUCUACUUAUGCAAAGAGAUGCACGAUUAUCUCUGGAGCAAGAUGUUAGCUUUGGAGAGAUUCUGCUUCAUCCUGGAUCGAAGCACUCAACCUAAGAAUGAAAAGCUGGGAUAAUGUGAUCAGGGAUAUUGGAAAAAUAUCGCGGAUAGUUUUUAUUUAGCCUAAAAAUAAGACUUGAUCAGAAUAUUUUCCCGAAACGUUUGCACGGUAAGCAACCAUAGGAACAAAACCUAUACAUUAUUUACUUGUUGAGAGGUAAAAUUUUUAGGCCACUUACCGCUGUUUUGACGUUCAAAAUUCAGUGUUCUGACUUUCUCAUUGAACUAAGAUAGAUGGAAGGCUACCUGAAUAAAAGGUGUUUCCGGGUAGAACCAAGUCUUUCCACGCGAUGUAAGCGCACGGGCAAGUAAUUGAUACACGACAACACGCGAAUUUAAACUUACUUGUUUGUCUGGAGGUCGAAUAUGGCUUCAAGCAAGUGGAAGUUUGUUUUCCUUGUGAUAGCCUUCUGUUUAUUUCCGUUCAAUGCAUCAGCCAGAUGUGGCACUGAUCUAUGUAUAAAUAAGUAAAAGCAUAAAAAUGAUUAGAUAUCUACAUUCGUGCAUUCACUGAUCAUCGAUGACAUCAUCAAUCACGUGAUAUCAAAGGGAAUAAGACACGAGAAGAUUUUCCGGAUUGAUUUCAAAUACAACAAAAAUAGUUGCUGAAAUUUGAGAAAUUAAUUAUAAAGCAUGCUGGAUGUUGCUGAUCAGUGGUUGAUAAUGUUGGAUACUUUUGAUCAUUGAUUGAUAAUGUUGGGUAUUAUUGAUCAGUGAUCAAUAAUGUUGGGUAUUGUUGAUCAUUGAUUGUUAAUAUUGGGUAUUCUUGAUCAGUGAUUGAUAAUGUUGGGUAUUGUCGACAGAUAAGUGGCUGAUAAAGUUUUGUAUUGUUGAUCAAUUAUUGAUAUGUUGGAUACGUUUAAUCCUGUGAAAUAUCUUAUACUCUGAUAUAAGGUUUUUAUAAAGCAAAUGAUGCACGUUGUUUUUAAGAAAGAAAACUUAACACCAUAAUCACGCUAUAUACAUUGGGAAAAACUCAUUAAUUUAACGUACUGAACAUAUACUAUACGUUUUUACACGCGUGUCACUAUGCAUACUGCAAAUAUAUUGUUAGAAAAACGAAAUUUUGUGUCUUUAUGGGCAGAAUAUUGAAACCUGAUCAAACCAAAACAAAACCAGACUUGAUUAUUGGCAGAAUAUGUAUUUUUGUAACAUAUUGAACGAGGCUUAUGACCGCCAUUUUGUUGUCAGUUUGUGGGCAAUAUGGCUGCCGUUGGCUUUAUUUUUCUUCUCGUGUUUCAAUGUCAAAUACGGUGAAUACAGUGCCAGGCUAUAUUAUGAUAAAUCUUAUCCCGUUUCUUGGGUAUUUUACCAAGAGGGUUGAGCAAAAGCCUACUGAGUACUGUUUGUAAAGACACGGAAUUUCGAUAUCUUUAUAUAAAAUAAGGGGAAACACAUGCAAACUGUUUGUAAAUAUUUUAUUGAUUAUAUUUAAAAUUAUGUUCGUAGUCCAAAAGUCAUUUUUUUCGAAUUAUUGUCGUAAAUGGUGUAUGUUUGUUACUGUUGGUGUAUUACUGUAUUGAUACGAUGUUCGGUUGUUAAUUGCAUUUUCCAGGCUUUACUCAACAUUAUAUCUAGUCAAGGCAUGCAGUACAGCAAAUGUUAUCAAACAUUUGUACAGGCUUUUUAUUAACUUCCUAUUUGCCAACGCUUAUGAAAUAACUGUACAAGCUUUUUAUUAUUUUCUUAUUUGU